AUUUUUCUUGCAGAUUUGGCAGUUAGGUGCAUAAAUGGACAACAUUGAAAUAACAGGAAUCUAACCAGGAGAAUAUGAUUUUGAUCUUAAACUGAGUCUGUUUGUUCUUGUUUUUGUUUUUGUUUUCCUUUUCUUUUUCCCCCCCCAACUCUCUUCCUUUCAUCUCUUGAUUCGACAGAGAGGGAAAACAGAAAUGGCGAUGCUUCUGCAACCCGCCCAACUCUUUACUUCAUCCCUUUCAAGUUCUUCUGCAAAUUCUAACUUACCCUUUUUGAGUAAUCGCCAAAUUCCCCCUCAAUUUUUGUCGUUACUCUCUCACUCCAACUUAACAGUACCCGAUCAUAAAGUUUAUUGGAGGAGAAAGCACAAAAGUCCUGUAUAUAAGAUUCAUUGCUCUACUAAAGUUGAUAAUAGCUCAGUAAUUGUGAAAGAGAAAAGCGUUUCAGUCAUUCUUCUGGCUGGAGGAACGGGCAAGAGAAUGGGUGCGAGCAUGCCAAAGCAGUACCUACCACUUCUAGGCCAACCAAUUGCCUUGUAUAGUCUUUACACCUUCUCACGCAUGGUUGAAGUGAAGGAAAUUGUUGUUGUUUGUGAUCCAUCCUACAAAGAUGUGUUUGAAGACACCAAGGAGAAGAUCAAUGUGGAUCUCAAAUUCGCUCUGCCUGGGAAGGAGAGACAAGAUUCUGUGUACAGUGGACUUCAGGAAGUCGAUUCGAACUCUGAGCUUGUUUGCAUUCAUGAUUCUGCAAGGCCUUUGGUGUUAUCUGGAGAUGUAGAAAAGGUCCUAAAAGAUGGCUGGCUUAUUGGGGCAGCUGUGCUUGGUGUCCCAGUCAAAGCUACAAUCAAAGAGGCAAACAGUGAAUCUUUUGUAGUGAAAACUCUGGACCGGAAGACUCUUUGGGAAAUGCAGACUCCACAGGUGAUUAAGCCUGAGUUGCUUAAAAAAGGUUUUGAGCUUGUGAAUAGGUACUUCAUGUAUACAUAUUUCUGUUCAAACUGCUGAUGGCACUCAUUAUAAUGGUUACGAAUGCUGUCGAUGCUAAUUUGAACUUAUCUACCUCAGCAUGAGUAUAUAUGUUC